AAAAGAACCAUCUCCCACAACAAUCUUCGAUGAGCCAAAGGAGRCCAGAUCCAGAACACAGAAUACGAUUGAUCGCGAUCUCCGUUGUACCGGCACGGCAACUAUUCUAGAAUGAGCACACACGAGUCGCCGACGCAGCGCGAGUGGGACCUCGUGAUCUACGGGGCAACCGGCGACGCCGGAAUGGCCAUCGCGACGUACGUGAGCAACCACAUCGACAGCUACGAUCCAAACCGCCACCGCGGGCAGAGCGAGAGCGGGAGCGACGCACCAGCCCCRCCGUCCGUSUUUCGSUGGGCGAUUGCCGGCCGCUCGGAAGCGAAGCUGAACCGGCUCCGGUCGGGGAUCAUCGUGGGACGCUCGAAGGCCCCCCUCCGCGGGGACGAAAUCGGCGUCCUCGUCGCGGACGCCGGAUCCCCUUCCGAGCUCGGCGACCUGGCCAGAUCGGCCAGGCUCGUYUUGUCGGCCGCGGGUCCCUACACGGCGCUGGGGGCCGCCCUCUACGGGGCCUGCGUGCAGCACGGAACGCACUACGCCGACAUCACGGGGGAGGUCGACUGGGUAGGGAACAUGCGGACGCUCCACGCCAAAACGGCGGGGGAGACGGGGGCCACCCUCUGCUCCUUUGCCGGCUACGACUCGGUUCCUUCCGACCUGUCCCUGUACGCGGCCCGCAGGGCGCUGGCCGAGUGCGACGCGAUCGACCACCCGGGCGGAACGGAACCAAGGGGCGACACCGCCGCCGAGGCCUCCCUCUCCAGCGCCGAAACCAUAGUGCUGCUCGAAGGGGGCGCCUUUCCGAGGGGGACCCUCCGCACCAUGAUCUCCAAGCUUCACGAUGGAAGAAGCUUCUGCAACGGCCUGCUUCGGUUUGCCUCUCCCGGCGGCGGGGUGCACAAGAACACCGCGGUAGCGAUGAUCCGGUGGCUCCUGCCCCGGUGGUCCCCCGACUAUGGGGCCUUUACCCUUCCGCAUUUCAUGGGCUGGUGCAACAUUCCCGUCGCUUACAACAGCUCRUCGUCCUGCAUCGACUGCGCCUAUCACGACCGCUUCGCUAUACCCUACAGCAAGGGCUGCAUGGCGACGGGGUAUGGCCUGCUGCAAACCCUGGUCGUUUAUUCUUUUCUCCUCGCGACGGCUCCGUUUGGUUUGUUCUUUCAGGUCUUUGUCGCCCUGGUUCCCUCGACGUCCGCGCUGUUGCUGAUGGUAUUUGAUUCACUCAACUAUCGCGGAAACACCCAGAGAAACCAGAAGCACCUCGACGAGUCGACCUGCAGCUUUUGGACCUACGCCACCAGUGCUURCUCCGGCUCGAAGGCCACGGUCUACCUCCACGUCAAGGGCGACGCCGGUAUAAGGUGCACGGCGCUGUUUGCGGUYGAGACCGCCUUUUCGAUGCUGGAGCUGGACGACGCGGGACGACUGCCAAAGGGGACGAUCGGAUCCCCCUCGAUGAUCGCGGGGGACGCUCUGGUCGACCGGCUCCAGGACGAGGACGCCAUCGGGAGCCUCUGCACCUUUACGGUGGAAGUGAGCGACGGCGACGACGGCGGCAGCACAAAGAAGGAAGACUAAAACGUAAACGCCGUAGCGGGCAGAACCCGUUCGUUCGUUCGUUCGUUCGCCAAUAGCAGGGAGGCAGAUUUUGUUGCGAUAACCGCAACGAAUGCUUUUUGAAACAAUAAUCUCCGAAUUCUAAGUUAUGWRUAGUUUUACAACACGAAACACAAUUGCGAUCAUAGUGGCAAGACGUCCGAGCAGAGGGUAGCUCCACACAGUAGUUUGCCAAAGAUAUUAGGGUGAGACAGGUGGUGCGGUGUGAACGCAUCGAGGCCCCGGGGGGCAGGUAGAUUCGAUAUCCUCGAGGGGAACGGCACGCAGUGUGUGGGUGCUCGUUUGCGUAUGAACAAAGAAUUGAUUGGAUG